CCGAACCCAACUUCACUCCUUUCGAUUACGACGAAAAAAUUUUCGUGCACCACCAACAUUUCUGGGUGGUUCUUUGAUUUGUCCAUCAAAUAAAAUCCUCAAUCUUGAAAUAGAGAUUCUAAUUUCAAAGUCAUGGCGUUGCGUGUGUUAAAUCUGCCCCAGCAUUUGCGACAACUGACCAAGGGAACCACCUUUGCUCAGCGCUACAAGGCCUCGCAUGCUGCCGGCCUCAAGAAGACCCUGGUGAACAUUCCCGCAACCCAAGUCACUCAAUUGGAUAAUGGUCUUCGUGUUGCCAGCGAAGACUCCGGUGCCCAGACUGCCACAGUUGGACUCUGGAUCGAUGCUGGUUCACGGUCUGAAAACGAGUCAAACAAUGGUGUCGCCCAUUUCUUGGAACACAUGGCAUUCAAGGGAACUGCUAAACGUUCACAAACCGAUUUGGAAUUGGAAGUCGAGAACAUGGGUGCCCAUUUGAAUGCCUACACAUCCAGGGAACAGACAGUCUUCUAUGCCAAGUGUCUGUCCAAGGACGUCCCAAAAGCUGUCGAAAUCCUCGCCGACAUCAUCCAGAACUCGAAAUUGGGUGAAUCAGAAAUCGAACGCGAACGAUCGGUUAUUCUUCGUGAAAUGCAAGAAGUCGAGAGCAAUUUGCAAGAAGUAGUAUUUGACCAUUUGCAUGCAACUGCCUACCAAGGAACUCCAUUGGGACAAACCAUCUUGGGACCCACAAAGAACAUUAAAUCCAUUGGCAAAUCAGAUUUGCAAGAUUACAUCAGCACCCACUACAAGGCUUCUCGCAUUGUUUUGUCCGGAGCUGGUGGAGUCAACCAUAAAGAGCUCGUCCAAUUGGCCAACUCAAACCUCGGCAAAUUGCAGAACACUUACGAUGGCAAACCACCAUCUAUCACUCCCUGCCGUUUCACUGGAUCUGAAAUGCGUGUCCGUGACGACUCAUUGCCAUUGGCUCAUGUUGCCAUCGCUGUUGAGAGCUGUGGCUGGACCGAUCAGGACAAUAUCCCUCUGAUGGUUGCCAGUACUUUGAUCGGUGCUUGGGAUCGUUCUCAGGGUGGUGGUGCCAAUAAUGCUUCCAACUUGGCUCGUGCCAGUGCUGAGAGCAAUCUGUGCCACAGCUUCCAGUCCUUCAACACAUGCUACAAGGAUACUGGCUUGUGGGGUAUCUACUGGGUCUGCGAUCCACUCCAGAGCGAGAUGAUGCUCUACAAUGUCACACAAGAAUGGAUGCGUCUCUGCACCAUGAUCACCGAAGCUGAGGUCGAACGUGCAAAGAACCUCCUCAAGACCAAUUUGCUCUUGCAAUUGGACGGAACCACACCAAUCUGCGAAGAUAUUGGCCGUCAAAUGCUCUGCUAUAACCGUCGUAUCCCAUUGCACGAAUUGGAACAACGAAUUGACGCUGUGUCAGUGCAAAAUAUCCGUGAUGUUGGUAUGAAGUAUUUGUACGAUAGGUGUCCAGCUGUUGCUGCUGUCGGACCAACUGAAAACCUACCCGACUACAACAGAAUUCGUUCCAGCUUGUACUGGCUUAGGUUGUAAGCAGUUAAAUUAACUAAUUUACCAAGCAAUAGAAACUAAAAAACAAGAAACAAAAUAAAACAACAACAGCCACAAAAUCCAAUUUCAAACCAAGCUCCUGAUGUAAUCGAUACCAAUCUUUAAAAAGAAUAUGUUUGUUGAAUGUGAAAGAACGCACUACAAUGAUCAAGUAAUGUGUAAACAAUAAACUUAAAAUUUAAAUUAA